CUUAAAAAAAAUAUUGAGUUCUGUUUAUAAUUUGUUCUAAUUCACAGUUCUUAGUAAUAUUUUUUAUUAUAUUUACUAUUUACUUGAAUACUGAAAUUCGUCAAUAAUGUACAAAAGUGUAUGUAUUGAAGAAAAAGUUAAAUAUCGUACAAAAUAAUAUUCUCGUUAGUACGUUAAUUAUUUGGGCUUCUUUAAGGUUAAACCUACACCAUGGACGAACCCAGCAAAUUCCAGCAGAUGCAAGAUGAAAUGUCCAGGUUCGAAGCGGAAAUAUCCGGUGCCGAUAUACCUUCAGUGGCACAUCGGCCUGUAAUUGGUGCUGGAACAUUUGGUGCAGUACAGCGGCAGCUAGAAGGCACUGUACCGCCACCGCCGCCGCCUCCGUCUCUGAUGCCACCGUUUGAUCCCAAUGUACUCGGUGCGAGGAUGAUGUUCCCAACGGUACCACCUCCGCCGCCCCCGCCCUCAAUGAUGGUACCGGCUUCAGUUCAACGACAUAGGCCACCCGGCCCUCCAGACAACUUCCCCGGACCAAUGCCAUUUCUUCGGCCUGGUAUGCCUGGACCUCAGCUGAUACCUCCACCACCACCUAAACCACAACCCAUAGUGUUGUCUGCUGCACCAAAACUCUAUAAACAGCCAAAGGAUGACGAAGAAAAAAAAGAUAAACAUGAAAGUAGAAAAAGAAAACGGGAACCUCCGCCGCCACCCCCGAAGCCCGAGCCAUUGGUAGUGAUCCCCGAGCCUACGCCCCCGCCUCAGCCUCUGCCAAUCACUACCACCGAGCCUGUAGUACCCAAGAAGAAAGAAAAAAAGAGUAGAAAGGUGGUCCGUACGGCAGGCGGUCAAGUGUGGGAGGAUGUAACUCUCCUGGACUGGCCCGAUGAUGAUUUCAGAAUGUUCUGCGGAGACCUCGGGAAUGACGUCACCGAUGAACUGCUGACGCGUACGUUUAGCAAAUACAGUUCGUUCCAACGUGCUAAGGUCGUGAGGGACAAACGCACAAACAAGAGCAAAGGUUUUGGGUUUGUUAGCUUCAAAGACCCUGGUGACUUCAUUAAAGCAAUGAAGGAAAUGGAUGGUCGGUACGUAGGCAGCAGACCGAUAAAACUAAGGAAGAGCACGUGGAAGAAUCGUUCUCUAGAUAUAGUGAGGAAGAAGGAGAAGGAAAAGGCGGCUCUACUCUCAUUGCUAAUGUCGACAAACAAGAGCUGACAGCAAAAUAACCAAACGUGAUGUGCUCAAGGAACAUUAUGACAUCUGAAUUUAUAGUUACAUUAAUUUUGUUGAAAGACUAAUGUGCACUUAUUCUUAGGCGGGCUUGUUCAGAAUAUCUGCAAGUCUUAAGUCACUUUUAUAAAUAGAUAAUAUUUUUAUUCAAAGAAAUUUUUGUAUUUGGUAAAAUUAGUACUGGCAUCCUAAUGAAAUUUAGGCAUAAAGUGUUUUUUUAUUAUCAAAAUUGAUUGUGAGUCUUUGUUACCAAACAUGUCGACCUCAUUAUAUCUUUUCGUUGAAUAGAAUAGAAUAUCAUUUAUUCAAAUGAACUUAUAUUGAAGCACUAUUGUACAGUCGAUUAAUUAAACAUGUAUAGAAUUUUAAUUGUACAUCUCUUGUGUGUAUCCUGCCUUUUUUAAUUGUGUUAACAAUAUUGUCACCAUAUUGUUAAGUGUUUUAAUUGAAAUGUGCAUAGAAUUAAUAAUUAGCUUGGAUCAUUAUUCUGCUCAUCUUCA